AUGGAUGCUACCCAGCCUACGCAGACGCAGCCGACACAACAGUCUGCGCCCACUCAGCGGGAAGACGAUGCGUUUGACGAAAACCACGUUUGCAGACUCAUUUGCACGACUGGUCAAUACAGACACUUUGACUUGAAUAAGAACGUUCCGACGCGAACGCCGACACUGCUGCUGAAAAAGACAUGGUUGUUUGGACGGAAUGGUGAAUGUGACUUUGUUUUAAGUGUUUGCACUCGACUUUCGAAUAAACAUUUCAAGCUAUGGCUUAAUUUAAGCGACAAGACCUUGUGGAUCCAAGACACGUCCACGAACGGCACGCAUCUUAAUGGAAACCGUUUGGUGAAGGGUUCAAACUAUAUUGUGAACCAGGGAGAUGAAAUUGCUGUUGGUGUGGGCGUGCCGAAGGAUGUUAUACGCUUUGUUGUGCUUUUUUCCGAUACUUAUAACCCCCUGAACUCGUCUAACAACCUUGUGAUCAAGGAUGAGGGCAUUUAUAAAGAUUUCAUUAUCAAGAACGAGACCAUUGGUCAGGGCGCAUUUGCUAUAGUGAAGAAGGCGGUGGAGCGAAGUACUGGUGACUCAUAUGCCGUUAAGAUGAUCAACCGUCGAAGAGCUAUACACGCAGGUGGUAAAGGGGCCAUGAUGGGUGUUAAUAGAGAGCUCGAAAUUCUUCGAAAGCUUGAUCACAAGAACAUCGUGAAGCUCAAGUCGUUCUAUGAGGAUAUAGAAAACUACUACUUGGUCAUGGAGUUCGUGCCGGGUGGUGACCUCAUGGACUUCGUAGCUGCAAAUGGCGCUAUCGGUGAAGACGCUACUCAGGUUAUUACCAAGCAAAUAUUGGAUGGUAUUGCUUACGUGCACAGAUUGGGAAUCUCCCACAGAGAUUUGAAGCCGGACAACAUUUUAAUUAUGCAAGACGACCCCAUAUUGGUGAAGAUUACUGACUUUGGCUUAGCCAAGAUUAGCGAUAACGCUACAUUCAUGAAGACGUUUUGUGGCACCUUGGCUUAUGUCGCCCCAGAAGUGAUCACUGGAAAAUAUGAUCUGCAACAAGCGUCCCAGGACUCACCACAUAUUAACUAUAGUAAUUUGGUCGAUAUAUGGUCUCUUGGAUGCUUAGUUUACGUCCUUUUGACAUCGCAUUUACCUUUCAACGGCAAGACUCAGAGCCAAAUGUUUCAAAAGAUUAAGAGCGGCGAGUAUCAUGAAUCGCCCCUUAACUCUUAUGAGAUUUCUGACGAAGGACGCGACUUCUUGAAGUGCUGCUUGCAAGUUGAUCCUAAAAAGCGUAUUGUUGCAGACGAAGCAUUGCACCAUCCGUGGCUCGAAGGGGUAGAACCUUACUCGCAAGAAUCUGAGGAAUCGCAAAAGGUGAGCUUAUCACAAUCGACUUCUCAGAAGUCAAGAAAGAUUGAAAAUGGUCUCCACGUCAAUGCCUCUAUGAGCAAGCUUGAUGACGAUGUGAUGUUCAGACCAUUGGAAGGCGAGAAGAAUAAGAAACCAAAGGAUAAUAACUCGCAAUUUAAGGUUCCCAGAAGAGUGGUACCUCUACCUCAAUCUCAACCACUCCAUCCAAACUCACAGAAAGUGAAUGUUGCUGCACAAACACUGCCAUUGAAGCGUAAAAGUGAUGAAAGCGGCCGAAAGCGUCCUCCUCAAAUACUUGAAGAUGAUGAUACUCCCAAGCGAGCAAAGCUUGAUGUGGACGCUGUCAAGCAACUCAGCUUAGAGGGGCCCAAUGGAGUAUUUGAUGGUCCUCCUGAGGAUAACUUCAUCACCUUAAAACCUGAAUCAGAUUCUGUCACAGACAAACCGAUCUAUAUCCGCCAAGGAGUCAAUCCUUACGCAAUCGGAAGAAACGAAACUUGUGACACUUUUAUCAAUGACGACAGGAUGUCCAAGAUACAUUGCCUUAUUCAUAAAAGGCGCCAUCCAGUCACGCAGGUUUCCAUUUACGAAAGUCCGGCGCAUUGCUUGGAAGAUAUCUGGAUUCUCGACUUCAGCACGAACUCAUGCUUUGUGAACGGUGUGAGACUCGGAAAGGGCAAGAAGGUUCAGCUAUUUAAUAAUGACAGAGUCGAUUUCUUUGUUGAUGAUACUGUGAACCAGCUGAUGGGCUACAAAGUCCAGAUUGAUGACACGACCGGGCUCUUCAACGGCGGGGAGAAAUUGGAGGACAAGUUCGUUAAUGUACUUCAGUUCGACAGUAACGACAUCAAGCUAAGACCUCCAGUGGUAUCUGUUGCUAAUGUACCAGGCAAAGCAGAGCAUGAAGGUAGAAAGUCGUCUUUGCCAAGUCAGGAACUUGGUGGAGGAAUAUCGGGUGGAAAUGGGGGAAGCUUCAAUUCACUGCUUCGCUUACAAAGACGUCUUCAUGAUAGUGCUAAAGCACCACCAAAACCUCACCAAUCGAAAAGAGCUAGCCUUCAAAGCGGGCAAGAACGUCCUCAGAACUCGUGGGCGUGA